GCGUUGUUUUUGUUGGGGGAAGUUUGGCCCUCCUCAUCAUUUUGCCCCCUCGAGAGAGGUGCACUUGGCCUUCUUGUCGCCGUAUCUACUUGGCAGACUGUGAUACUCACUUGGUGCGGCAGAUAUCCCCUGCUUCCCCCUCAAGACAGGGGAUCACUCAAGAAGAAGAAGAAGUAGAAAGUGUGCCACCAGCCCAACAACAAUCGACCACGGCUCUCUGUACUCCUAUGUGUUUGCAAAUCUACAGUGUGUUUAUUUGCCAUCCUUCCUUAUGGGGCUCGCGUAUUCUCACCAUCACUUUAUUCACAUUUAUUAGUAUUCACUGCAUUGUUGCAGCACUGCAUUGUUGUUACUGCUUGGAUGUGCAGUGCAUUGUUGUUGGGUUGGUCCACUCUCCUAAUAUCUCAAAAAAGUUCUCCUCCCUGCAUGUCACCUCACUCACUCACCACUGCGGCGAGAGAGAGAGAGAGAAAUCAUCGCACGGCGUCGUCAAAGAUAUUGUCACUCGUUCGCAUGGAAGUCCACUCCACUAAAUUGUAUCACCAUACACUGUGUCGCCGUCGUUGCUGCUGCUAACUAGUAGUGCUAACCAACUACUAACUAACCAACCCUUGUGUUUGUAUGUCCAUUAACACACGUGCCGACACCACUCUUCUGAGACUGAAUUACGGGUUAAUUAAAAAGCACAAAACCUUGUUUCGGAGGUGCCAUGAUCGCCUGGUGAGAAGCGUAGAGUGAGAUAUGAGACGAUCAAGAAGAUUUCAAAGCCCGAAUCAUCAAGAGUGUUUAGUCGUCCUCCCCAUCCUUCUCCUUCUCGUCUCUGUCUCGGGAGCUUGGGGGAAUUCUUCCAAGGCUUCAUUGGAGGAAUCGUCUGACUGGGACGACGAGGGAGGGAGAACGACGCUAGCCACCCUCCUCCACACUCGGAGCAGUGGUGGCAGCAGUGAGGAGGAGGAGAGUCAGGAACAACCUUCGUCGUCACCCCAUGACUACAAAACCGUGGGUCCUGAGGAUGACGAGGUUCAUGACGACGAAAUCAUCCAGGCUGUCCGAAAUUCCUUGAGGUUGUGGCAGCAGGGGAAACUGAACAAGUCGCAGCACCACUCCAGCCGAAACAGAGUGAAGCGGGAUGAGGAGGUGGUCUGUUAUGGGGCUGAGUUGGGGUGUUUCCGGGACGAGGGUCCGUUCGACUACUUGGACAUGUUGCCCUCACCGCCAGAGGAGAUCGGGACCAAGUUCCUCCUCUACGACAAGGAUCUCGAGCCAGAAGUCUUCUCAUUCUUCAACCACAGCAAAAUCUCGUCCUCCUCCGGAGCCUGGAACGCCUCCCGCCCCACAAAGGUCAUCGUCCACGGUUUCGGCUCCACCUGUCUCAGAAUGUGGGCGAACGAGAUGCGUGCCGCGCUGCUGUCCGUCGUGGACUGCAAUGUGAUAUGCGUGGACUGGGAGAAUGGGGCAGCCUUGCCAAACUAUGUCCGUGCUGCGGUGAACACGCGACUCGUCGGAAAACAGUUGUCACUGUUGAUCCGUAAAUUGGUGGCGGACAACCCAGGCUUGUCGUCCUAUCAAGACUUUCAUCUGAUUGGCUUCAGUUUGGGGGCGCACGUGGCGGGAUUUACGGGACAGGAACUUAGAAACAUUUCCAGGAUCACUGGGUUGGAUCCGGCAGGCCCUCUCUUCGAGAACUAUGACAAACGUGUCCGGCUAGACUUGACGGAUGCCAUCUUUGUGGAUGUAAUUCAUUCCAAUGGAGAUUCACUUUUGAUGGGGGGACUUGGCUCCUGGGAACCCAUUGGACAUCUGGAUUUUUUUCCGAACGGUGGAAAAGUACAGAGGGGCUGCUCAAACUUGUUCCUGGGUGCAUUCAGGGACUUCAUUUGGUCCUCGUCGCCACCCAAGGAGACGUCCACCCUUGGCGAAUCUCACCGGAACGGAAAGUCCUUGUCAACGCUGGCUGAAAACGACGGUCGGUCCCUGUGCAACCACCGACGAGCCUACCGUUUCUUCACAGAGAGCGUCUCACCCCGCUGCCCAUAUCCAGCCUUCUCCUGCGACUCGUACGAGAAGUUUAUGACGGGGGCUUGCUUUCAGUGGGACAACCUCCUCGUCCACUCUGCGCAUAUGGGAUACUACGCUGACCAGCACCAGAACAAUCCGCGGGUGGCAAGACAGCUGCAGAACAGUAAUGUUCAGUCCUCAGCGUCGGUUGGCCCGGUGGGAUCGUCAGCGCAACUGCCCCUCCAACCCAUCAAAUCGUCCUCUGGUGUUGGAGGCAAGAACUUUUAUCUCAUGACACGAGACGAUGAGCCCUUUUGUGCGAAUCAAUACAAAUUGACGCUGGAGUCAAGCCCUCCCCUCGGCGUGCCCAUUUCCACAUAUGGCGGAAUGGAGGCCGUCCUCAUCAAUGGGAACGAUGACUUCAAUGAGACGUUUCUUAUCACGCAGACUCACAAGGACAACAUGAUAUCGGGAAGUGUGCUUCAGAAGCUGGUCGUCGCCCACCCUGCUCUUUCUGACCCCACGAAGCUCGUUCUGAAAUACUCGGCGUACAAAGGCUGGAUUUAUUCGGGAAUUUCCAGAUGGAGUUUGGAUAGGCUCAUUGUGACCAAUGCCUUUGGAGUUAGUUACAGUUUCUGCGCCCGUGGUCUUCUCCUGCCCAGUGGGAUCAGUGUCACGGUCACUUUGAGCAAGGGGAUCUGCACCGUGACCAACUUCCCCUUCCGCUACCCCCACAUACAUCCCUAUCUCCCCCAUUACCCGACCCCCACUCACCCACAACACCCGCUCAUCGGCCCCGGAGGAGGUCCUCCUCCACCACUCUCGGCCGUAUUUAGGAACGAGAUAAAUGAGACUAUUACGCACCUGGGAGGAGGUGGCAGUCCUCCCCCUGCAACUGCAAUCACUUCCAGUCUGGUCACCUUUCCUGGCUCAAACCAUGACAUUUCCACCGGGCAUUAUCAAAAUAAUAACUCGGACGGAGGACAGCAGCAGCAUAGCACCGUCUUAGACUGGUCCAACGACUGGCAUCCUAUCAUAAUGAACAGUACCAUGAGCAGUAGUCGGGGGAGUAGUCCUCCUCCUCCUCCUCUCGUGAAGGACGACGAUGGACGAGACAUGGGGACACAACUGUCGCAGCAACAUUCAUGUCCGAACUGCACGUCCUCCCUCCCUGAGGAUCACGUCAACAAUGAGAUUGACUCUGGUGAACGCCGUCAGAGUCGCCAACUGGGUCCAAUCAUGCUCCUCCCACUCAGCAGGGCCAUCCAACCGAGACCUGUCGUGCUCCGAACUUCGCGACACAUGGUGCUUAGUAGUGGAGGGGACACGCACCCACCGCACUCCUCCCAGCAGCAGCAGCAGCAGCAGCAGAGCAUUGUUCAACACCAUCACCACCACCACCACCCCCAACUGUACUCAUCCCAAGUGGGGGAACAAGGGUCGAGUGGUGUCAUCCUACCAAUUCACUCGAAUCUUCCGCGUGACCUCCUACCGAGACGGGGAUCACCACCGAUUCAACAAAAAUCAGACCUCAUUCAUUAGGAGCAGUUCAAGUCCAGAGUGGAAUAAAAUUGAACCUUAAAUUUUGAACAAGUGAUCAAUGCCACAGGAGAGGGGUCCACGGAGUCUCACAAUUCCGUGCUAAAACUAUUAUAAUUUCAUUAAUUUAUUGUGUCUCCAAUUUUGCCAAGUUUUAUUAAUCUUAUUUUGUAGUGACGCUCGCGGACAGACAAACGCAAAGAAAGUAUGCAUAAUAAGCUAAGGAGAAAUUAUUAUGUAAAGAAUGGUGCUCUUGUUAUUCGCAUUUAUUGUUAUCGUUGUUUUUGUUUACACAUUAUAUUACAUAUUUUAUUAAAAGACUAUUUUACUAAGA